AUGGACGGGUCGGAGGCGCCCAGCGCGGCGGAGCAGCCCGGCGGCAGCCCGGGCUCGGCGGCGGCGGCGCUGGCGGCGGCGGGCGAGGACCUGGAGAUCGUGGUGAACGUGGGGGGCGUGCGGCAGGUGCUGUACGGGGACCUGCUCAGCCGGUACCCGGAGACGCGGCUGGCCGAGCUCAUGACCUGCCUGGCCGGGGGCUACGACACCAUCUUCUCCCUGUGCGACGACUACGACCCCGGGCGGCGCGAGUUCUACUUCGACCGGGACCCGGACGCGUUCAAGUGCGUCAUCGAGGUGUACUACUUCGGGGAGGUGCACAUGAAGAAGGGCAUCUGCCCCAUCUGCUUCAAGAACGAGAUGGACUUCUGGAAGGUGGACCUCAAGUUCCUGGACGACUGCUGCAAGAGCCACCUGAGCGAGAAGCGCGAGGAGCUGGAGGAGAUCGCGCGGCGCGUGCGCCUCAUCCUCGACGACCUGGGCGGGGACGCGGCGCAGGGCCGCUGGCGCCGCGGCCAGAAGCGCGUGUGGAAGUUCCUGGAGAAGCCCGAGUCCUCGUGCCCGGCCCGCGUGGUGGCCGUGCUGUCCUUCCUGCUGAUCCUCGUGUCCUCCGUGGUCAUGUGCGUGGGCACCAUCCCCGAGCUGCAGGUGCUGGACGCCGACGGCAACCGCGUGGAGCACCCCACGCUGGAGAACGUGGAGACGGCCUGCAUCGGCUGGUUCACGCUCGAGUACCUGCUGCGCCUCUUCUCCUCGCCCAACAAGCUGCGCUUCGCGCUGUCCUUCAUGAACAUCGUGGACGUGCUGGCCAUCCUGCCCUUCUACGUGAGCCUCACGCUCACGCACCUGGGCGCCCGCAUGAUGGAGCUGACCAACGUGCAGCAGGCCGUGCAGGCCCUGCGCAUCAUGCGCGUCGCGCGCGUCUUCAAGCUGGCCCGCCACUCGUCGGGCCUGCAGACCCUCACCUACGCCCUCAAGCGCAGCUUCAAGGAGCUGGGCCUGCUGCUCAUGUACCUGGCCGUGGGCAUCUUCGUCUUCUCCGCGCUAGGCUACACCAUGGAGCAGAGCCACCCCGAGACCCUGUUUAAGAGCAUCCCCCAGUCCUUCUGGUGGGCCAUCAUCACCAUGACCACCGUGGGCUACGGGGACAUCUACCCCAAGACCACCCUGGGCAAGCUCAACGCCGCCAUCAGCUUCCUGUGUGGCGUCAUCGCCAUCGCGCUGCCCAUCCACCCCAUCAUCAACAACUUCGUCAGGUAUUACAACAAGCAGCGCGUCCUGGAGACGGCCGCCAAGCACGAGCUGGAGCUCAUGGAGCUCAACUCCAGCAGCGCGGCCGAGGGCAAGGCAGGGGGCUCCCGCAGCGACCUGGACACCCUCCCCCCCGAGCCCGCCGCCAAGGAGGGCCCCAGCUGGGGCAGCAGCCGGCUGAAGCUCUCCCACAGCGACACCUUCAUCCCCCUGCUGACAGAGGAGAAACACCACAGGACCCGGCUCCAGAGCUGCAAGUGA